AUAAAGCAUAGACCAAAGGGCCCGAAUGAUCAUUCCAUCUUAACUUUCCCUCCCAAUAACAACCAACGAAGUGCCUCAAAUAUUUGGCCCUUGGGAAUAUCUGAUAUGUUUCCACCAAAGUCAUACAGUUCUAGCUUCUCUGCUAACUGUGAUAGAUAUGGGUUGUACAUCCAUUAUUUUCUGCUUCUGCUUCUACUCUCAGCACAAGCUGUCUUAGGCGGCCACAUUGUCAAGUACUUACCGGGUUACGAUGGCGAACUUCCCUUUAAACUUGAAACUGGAUAUAUUAGAGUAAAUGAGUCGGAAUUGUUCUACUAUUUCAUUGAGUCACAAGGGAACCCUCAAGAGGACCCAAUUUUCCUUUGGCUCCCAGGCGGCCCUGGCUGUUCUUCUUUCUGUGAACUUGUUUAUGGAAUUGGUCCACUGGAGUUCGUAAUUCAAAACUACACCGGGGGUCUACCAAAAUUGAGAUAUUAUCCAUACGCAUGGACAAAGACUGCUAGCAUUAUAUUUCUUGAUGCACCCGUGGGGACCGGGUUCUCCUAUUCAAGAACCGCGGAUGGUUGGCCAACCUCUGACUCCAAAUCAGCAGAACAAUCUUACCAAUUCCUUAGAGAGUGGUUUGAUGAACACCCUCAAUAUCUAGCAGUUCAACUAUUUGUUGGUGGUAAUUCUUAUUCAGGCAUGAUUGUCCCAUUGGUCACUAAAAAGAUUGUAGAUGGUAAUAAAGAUGGAGUCAAGCCAUUUAUGAACCUCAAGGGGUACUUACUUGGGAGCCCACGAACAGAUUCGGUUAUUGAUGAGAAUUCAAAAGUAGUUUUCGCUCAUAGGAUGGCACUUAUAUCGGAUGAGAUUUAUGAGAAUGCCAAAAAGGGUUGCAAUGACACUUACGUGAAUAUAGACCCAGCAAACACAGCAUGUAUAGUUGCGCUCGGCAAUAUCAAAACGUGCAUUAAAGAUCUGUAUCGCAAUGAUAUUUUGGAACCGAAAUGUGUUUUUGCAACUCCUGACCCUGGAGAAGAACCUGCAGCACGAAGGUCUCUUGACGAAGGUCCUUCAGAUUUCCUUCUCUCACCUCCAAUGAUCCCGAAUCUUUGGUGCCGAAAUUUUAAUUAUGUACUCUCCUACAUCUGGUCAAAUGAUGAUACUGUUCAAGAAGCUUUACACGUUCGAAAGGGAUCUGUAUUGAAUUGGGAGAGAUGCAACAAGAGCUUAUCAUACACAAAAGACAUCUUGACUGUUGUUCCUGUUCAUGAAGAACUCAAAGAAUUAGGCUUAGAAGUGCUUGUAGAGACUGGUGACCGUGACAUGGUUGUUCCAUUUGUGGGUACUGUGAAAUGGAUAAAGUCUCUGAAUUUGACAGUUGUCAAUGAUUGGAGGCCAUGGUUCGUCGACGGUCAAGUUGCAGGAUACACAAUAAACUAUUCUGAGCAUGGGUAUCGUUUGACAUAUGCAACUGUAAAAGGUGCUGGUCACACAGCUCCAGAGUACUAUCGCAUGGAAUGCUAUUACAUGUUUGACAGAUGGAUUCAUUACUAUCCUAUUUAGUCAAUAUAUAUAUAUAUAUAUAUCAGGCUGAUCAAGUUAAUAUGUUCCAUGAGUUCCACCUCAUGUAGUGAGCUUGGUUUUUUAUUAAAUAAACUUAAUUGUGUUUUAGCCUUGUAGUUAUGAGAAUCUGAGAAACAAUAUAAAUCUCUGCCAAGUUAUUAAUGUAGUUUUACAUAAUUGCUUUGUUUUAUGCUAAGAAAUGAUUGGUAGUUUUUGUAUGAACUUGCUAGGCAAUUGAAUGUGAUGGGUGGAUCUAACCACAAUAUUUGGCUACAAAAUUGACCAUUUGGUGAGAAAGGGAGAAGUUGGAGAGAUAAAAAAACAAAGUGAGCAUUUGAAGAUA